AUGCCUGGCCUGGAGAUCCCCGGUGAAUUCCUGCGACAUGCGGUACUGGAUACAGUUGUGCCUCAUGCGCCCGGGCUUGACAUUGAGGGUUCCCUAUCUUCGGCCCUGGAAGAUGGCGCCGACGAUCUCCCCUCAGUUCUAUCUGCGAUUCCCCAACGAUCCCUGCUUUUCUUCGACGAAUUCCUUCCCGUUCGCAUCGUCCUAAGGCUGUCCGACUGCACAGAAUCCACCCUGAAACAUUACCUCCCUCGUCUUGAAGUCAAGCUUGAUGUUUUCGCGGUUGACCCAACGGAGUCUGUCGCAGAGAAUCCAACGCCUACCCGUGAGAUUAUCUUCUCGGGCUUAGUGGAUACUGAAGAGGAGCCGCUCGUGGUGUUCAAUGAGUUCGAGGGCGAUGAGGGGACUGGAAAUCAUGUAUACCUCAUAUGGAAUAUUGAGACCUUCAUCAGGCGACCUCGCAACCGCAUUCAGCAUCCGUCGCUAUUGUUCAUUGCCUCAGCCAGCUUGAACCCCUCGGAAGCUUGUCGACCAGAGGACCCAGAAGACGACUAUCUACCUCCGCUCGUCCCUGCCUCGACAAAUAUGUUACAACCCUUAUCCGGCGACAAAACUCUUUCCCAUAAAGAGCCCUUUCUGCCCGCAUCAAGACUCUUGCGCGUGGUACCGACGACCUCCUAUGAGGAUCCCAUAUAUAAUAUCCAGCAGAGCCAGGGCCAUCCACUCCGUGUCGUACCUGCCGCUAGCGCAAGGAUCCGAUACGCGCGACUCAGCUCAUACAAUGGCAUGCCCCAGACUGUGGCUAGUCUCGACUUUGAAGUGACCCCAUUCUUAAAUUGCGAGGUCUCAUUUGAAAAAGCAGAUAUACAAUUGUCCGAAGGAACCAUUGAACCUCUUUCCAAUAUCCCAGGGCUCACCCUUCCUCUAACCUGUCGGCCUCGAGACGAUGUGACAUUAGUGUACAAACUCACCCCCGAGUAUGGACCGGAAACCAAUCCAUCCUCGACUGCCAUCAUCAGCACGCUGGAUAUCUCUCUCGGAGCAAUCAUUCUUCUUUCUGAUGACUGCAAGCCUCGCAUUGCAAUGGAAUGGAGGACCAAUGUUGAUUUCUCCAUGGCCUUGAAUCCUACUUUUGGCGGCCCUAGCCAAGCACUGCAGAGAAACAAUCGGCCGACGAGCCUAUCCGUGAGCACAAAUCAACCGGGAGUCACUCCGAACAACCGUAGCUCAUUACGGGAGCGAGCCUACUCUGUCACAGAUGUAGGCGUGACGAUUUCAUUCUCUGGACCGAGCCGCGUGCAUGUUGGUACACCAUUUGCCUGGGGAGUGUUUAUCGUGAACCGUUCAAACAUCCCUCGGAAGUUCGCCUUGAUUGCUAUUCCGCGACGGAAACGUACCGAUCCUCGGGGCCACGUUGCGCGACCGUCAUCCUCGUCCAUCUCCAGUCGAAAGGAGAACGAAGUGGCCGAGGCUGUGACAGACGACAACAUCGUGCAUGCGAUGCAGAAGAAUGUGACAGGGCAAGAGGCCGAGCUGAUCAGUUUGAGUACUGAUAUCCGCGUCGGUCCUCUUCUGCCUGGAACCUGUCACUCGACCGAGAUCAAACUCCUUCCUUUGGCCACCGGCCCCCUUCAUUUGGAGGCAGUGCGCCUUGUGGACGUGAACACGAAUGAAACGACCGAUAUUCGAGACUUGCCGGACAUUCUCGCCGACGAUCAGCCUCGAGCAUCUACAUAA